AUGGACGUGAUCUUUGAGCUUCAAAGAGGGAGGUCAUUCUCCAUGGAAGUAGGUUACUUUGACACUGUCUUAGAAAUCAAAGAGAAAGUACAAAAGUAUCAAAAUAUUCCGGUCUCUAAGCAAACCCUAAUCCUCAAUGGCCAAGUUCUCCAUGACAAUGACGAUCCUUGGAAGGUCAAAAUCCUUCAUAACACAUGCAUUCAACUCCAAGUGACCCCCGAAAAGGAGGAGAAUAAGGAGUUAAUUACUUCUGCGCACACCAAGAUUCAACUCAACGUGAAAAUCACGUCCAAAACGCACCUCAUCCCUCUUGAGGUGGAUGUGAACGACACCGUUUUGAGGCUGAAGGAGAAGAUUCACGAGAUGGAAACCCUAGCAGUGCCAGUUAACCGGUUGCUCUUGCAUGCUUCUUCAACGGGUGCAGAAUUGCAUGAUCAUCAAUUGCUGCGAGACUGUGAUGUUUCGGAAAACAGCGAGAUUGACGUUGGUUUCCGGCCGUCGCCCACGGUGGCGUCUCCAGGGUUGAAGAGGCUAAAGCUGAUGGUUUUGCCUAAGAGCGGGACGAAGAAGGUUCCAGUGGAAGUGAAUGCAUCUGAUAAUGUGGGGGAGCUGAGGAAGGAGUUGCAGAAGUUGCACCAGAGGGUUCAGUUUCAUUUGCCACAAGACGGGUAUUUCUUCAUUUACAAGCAAAAUGUUAUGGAUGAUGAUAGGUCUUUCCGUUGGCACCAUGUUGCACAGGGUGAUACCAUUGAAAUAUUCAAUGGAAGUGUUACUGGUGGAUCAUGAAAUGGAUAGGGUA